AUGGUUGCAUGCUUUGUACAUGGUGAUGAAACAUCUUAUCAAAAAACUGCUAUACUCAAAAAGAUCAAGGGAUUUAAAAAAAUUAUGCCCUCAACAACUAAAAAAGCUACUGAAGAAGGUUUAUUUGAACCAUUUGUUGGAAUAAAACCAGCAUUAUCAAUCAUCAACCAAUCUGUCAUAUCUCCAUUUAAAUGUUGUUCCUAUGUUAAUGAUGUUGCAGCAUGA